AUGACAUCAUCGGUACGUUUUGGUAAUAUCGGCAAAGAUCCGCAUUUCUCCGAUAAUAGUAAUAUUAUGGAAGAGGAAUAUCAACUGCCCAACUCACCGCCAACACUUCAUGGGAAAGGAACAACCAAUCAUAACAGUAAUAGAGAGGUGGAACAACGCUUGGCUCGUAUUGUCGCCGAAUAUGAAUAUAAACUAUUAGAAGAACGUGCACGUGCACAAGAACGGGAAACUCGACUGUUGGAGGAAUUACAACGAGAGAAGGCGCCAUCAUCACGUGAGAGGCGCGAACAACAACAAGAAGAAGAAGAACAGGAAGGGAUGUUAACACAGAUGAGAUCACGUGAGGGAGUUGUAUCGAAGGAAGAGUAUGAACGUUUACAAAAACAACUUAUGGAAACCCGUGAUUUAUUACAAGAGGCUGAACGACGUUAUCAACAAGAGAAACGAGAAUUAUUAAAUUUACGCACAGCUCAAUUACGUAAUGAAACCUCUAAAAGAGGUCAAGAAGGCGAUAUCAUUGCCCGAGCCAUGCAAGUUAUGUCGGAGUAUGAAGCUGUAGUGCGGAGUGGAGAAGAAAACAGUUUAGCUCGACUUUCACAACAUAUGGAAUCCUUUGAAAAGGAAUGGCUUCGUCGGGCAACGGAGUUUGAACAGCAGAAGGCUUCUUUUGAAAGUAAUAUGAUGGAAAAGGCUCAAGAGGUGUUAGCAUCUCAUCAACAAGAUGUGGAAUCUAUAACUCGUGUCAUGCUUGAAAAGACCACACAAGCCUUAAGUAAUCAUAGUGAACUUCGUUUAGAGAUGGAACAGCAAGUCUUACGACAUGUGGAAGUCUUUAAAGAAGAAUAUAAAUCUAUUCUUGAAAAGGAAUUUUAUGAUCGUUGUCGUUUAUAUGAUGAGAAACUCGCUGAACGGGAACGUGGUUGGGUGGCUGUCCUGCAGGAAGAAAGAGUCCGCAUUGCGAAUGCCGAGCGAGAGGCCGUGAAGGAACAUGAACGACUGCAUGUGGAAUCAUUAGAAUCCGCAAUGCGGGAACUCUCACGAUUGCGAGAACAACUCGUGCGGGAACACCGCGAACAACAAACCAUCGCCAUGGAAGAAUUAAUAGAAAGACGUGAACGCAUGGAUGCCGAACACCGCACACUCCUGCAAGCCGAAGUAGAGGCGGCAAUUAGUGUUCACCGCGAAGAGGCACAACGGGCCGCAAUGGAGCGGGAUAAAUUAGAGGCUCGACUCACCGCCGCCGCAACGGCUGCGCAACAACAAAUGGAAGCGACUGCAGCCGCCGUGGCCCGUGCGAGACGCGAAAGAGAUGAGAUGUGGCACUUGAAAGUAGAAGAAAUGCGAAAACGAUAUGAUGCCCUUUUAGAUGAGGCACUUAACGGUGAUGUGAAUAAUAAUGAUAAUGAUAAUAAUGAUAAGAAUGGAGUUAUUGGGGGUCGUGUUUCCCGAAGUGAUUAUGAACGUCUGUUGCGAAGUGUAGAGGAAUGGGAACAGAAAUGUGUUUUGGUAAAACAACAAGGGGAGUUACUGCGAGAACAGGAACGGGAACAAUUAAAUGAAGUUUGGGCAAAACGAUUAGAAGAGGAAAGAGGCCAACGUGAGAAAUGGGAAUCUGAACAGCUGCAACACUUUGCAGAGAUGCGAUUAGGGCUUUUACAAGAUGUACAAGAAAGAGAAAAGAUAUCGGCAAAAUCAUGGCAAAGUGAAAGAGAUGCACUUCAUAAAGAAUUUGAAGAACUCAUUCAAAAAGAGAGAAAUCAAUGUGCCUUGGCAUUACAACAUGCAGAGGAAGAGGCAAGAGAAGAUUGUAAGGCUAUGUGUAAAAAACAACAAGAAAUAUUAGAUGAACAGAAACAAACACUGGAAACCCAAAUAGCCAAACAACAGUUAGAAUUACGAAAACGUGAAGAAACAUUAGAAGAGACAAAUAGACGUUUAAAAGAUGAAGCACAACAAAUGGCAUUAGAUCUCAUUAAAAAAGAACGAGAGACACUUCAAAGAAGUUAUGAUGAAAAGUUUUCUGAUCUCUAUGAGGAACAACAACGAUGGGAAACGAAACGCUCUACUUUACAUGAGGAACUCGCCUCUCGCUACGCUGAACGAUUUAAACAGGCAAAAGAACACAUGCAACAACAUCUCUUAACUCUCACAAACAACAUGUUAUCAUCCUAUCAGGAAAUGUGUGAAAUGGAUUGGUUAAAGCUACGUGAAAAAGAAAUGGAUACCUUUAAUAAGAAACUGAUGGAAUAUAAACAACUCAUGGAAUCACGUAUGCGUAAGGAGAUUUCAAACAUGAAGGCACAAAUGGAGGAAACGCUUCAAAGCGAACGGGAAGCAUUAAAAGAACGUGAACGGGUAUUGCAGGAAACUUUGCUAACCACUCAAAAAACUAUGGAAGAUAAAGCCAUGGAACGCGGAUUGCGAUUAGUGGAAGAACAACAACGUGUGAUGAACGAAUACUGUAAAAAACGAGCCCAGGAACAACAAGAAAAGUGGGAUUCUCUGCAGAGUGAACUCUUAGAAAAAACAUGGACAAUAGAAGCAGAUCAACGAGCCCUAAUGCAGCAACAACAACGUGAACAUGAAAUGGAAUUAGAUAAAGAACGACAACGUAAUCGAGCUGAAUUGGAUCAACAACGAACAGAGGCACUUACACAACGACAGAGAAUUCUUGAGCAACAACGACAACAAGAAAUGGAAUUACGUGAGAAACACGCAGCGGCAAUGGAAGAAGAGAGACGACAACAUGAUGCUCUUAUAAUGGAGUUACGUAAAGAACAAGAACAUUUUCUUGCGGAAUGUAAACAACGUUGUGCCGCCACUCUUUCUAGUCGUGAAGCUGCCUUUGAGUUGGAGCGUAAACGACUAGUGGAGCGGUUGGAUACACAGAGUCGUGAACAACAAGAAAUGUCGAAUGAACGUGUACGGGCAUUAGAAGAAGAAUAUAAAGAACUCCUACGCGUGGUAACAGUAAAGUCUCAAGAAAAUCAACAAGAAUAUACACAACGUGUGGCUCAUCUUGAGCAACAACACAUUUUACAUUUAGAACAACAACAACGAGAGAUACAACGGAAGUAUGAAGAACAUAUCAAGCAAGUACGUAAUUCAUUAGAAACACGACUUGAGGAAUCGCUCUCUCGAGAAGCGGAGAUGCAACGACGUGUGGAGGAAAAAUGUGAAGUUCUUCGCGUAGAGUCUGAGGCGAAGUGUCGUGCUUUUAUUGCCGAACAACAAGACCGUAUACGUCGAGAACAGGAAAAACGACAGGAAAUGGCUCAUAAGAUGGAACGAGCCUAUUGUGAUCAUCUCUCUGAACUUCAAAAAGAUAUGGAAGCCACACUUUCCAUCUACUUUACAGAUGCCGACAAACGAUCACGAGAGACAACACUGCAAAUACGGAAUGAAUUUGAAACGAAACAAAAACAUUUUUAUGCAUUAUUAGAGCAGGAACGAAAACGGAGUGUGGCAUUAGAGGAUGAGUUGCGUACGGCAAAAGCUCAAAUGGAUGCCUUGCAACUUUCACAGGAACAACAGAAAUUAGAGGCAUUACAUGAAAUGCAGCAAAAGUAUGAUGGAUUAUAUAAAGAGAUGCAUGAGGCUUUACGUAAAGAACGGGAAACGUGGGCAAAACGUGCACUUGGUGAAGAAGAAGAAAGACUCUUAAAAGAACUCACCGCGCGUGAAGAGAAAAGACGUCAACUGGGUGAAACUGCAGCAGUAUCAGCCUCAUUAUCAUUAUCACCCCCACCAUCACUAUCGUAUACCACCAAUACUGCGGCUGUUGGUAGAGGUGGAUCCAGUAAACGUAUGCAGGAGUUUUAUGAGGGAAGUCCAUUGAAAGGAGAAAAGAUUAAUUUAGAUGAGGCGGUGGCUUCUUCUUCUUCUUAUGCAUUACCGUAUUCACCUGCACAAACACCAUCGUAUGGGAGAAGAAGAUCUAUGGAUAAUCCCACCGAUCUUAUAUCUGGUGUAGUAGAGGAUGAUAAACUACAGCAAUUAUGGUCAGUCUUGGAGGUACCAGAAGGAGAACAACAACAAAUACUGCAAAGAUGGUCUCAACUUCCACUUCCUCAACGUAAAAAUGAAAUUCAAAAAGAAACAAGACGACUAGAAUUACAACUUCCACUUUUAGAGGUAGUUACUAGGCGAGAGUUUGUUAUUCACCGUUUAAAAGAAUUAGAGAAGGGUUCAUCUCUGAAUAAUAGUAAUAGUACUCAAGUAGAGGAAUUACGGAAAGAACUACGGAGACUCACAGAACAUCUCAAGAGUGAAAUUCCACAACAUGAGGCAAUGUACGGAUGCACCUUUCGUUUCCGUGGGGCACGAUAUAUGGAUACUAUACUGGAUGACUGUAGUGUAUUAUCACAUUGA